CGGGGAGCAGGAGCCGCUGGCCGGUCCUCCCCCACGUGGUGGAGGGCGUCUCCCCCGCCCUGCUGGGCCCCCUCAACCCCCGGCCCCGACAGGAGCUGCCCCUCACCGCCCGCGCUGUGGCGCUGGGCAUCGCACACACCCUCACCCUCGCACCCGCCUCCUCCUCCUUCGCCACCUCCACUGCCACUACCACCACACCCGGCGGCCCCUCCUCCGCGUCCUCCGCCUCCUCGGCACUGCCGCAGCUCUCCAGUGUGAGCACGGCGGUGGUGGCCUUUGCGGAUGGGCGCCUGCUGGCCUAUGCGGUAGCCGGGCCCUGGGCGCCCGCCUGGUGCGACAGCGCGCCGCAGUACAUGAC